AUGGGCAAAGAAAUUGUUCGAAAUGAAUCACGCAAAGAACCAGGCGCACGUAGUAGAUUAUGGUUUCACGAAGAUGUUCGCUAUGUACUCGAGGAAAAUGUAGGAACAAACAAUGUUGAGGGAAUAAAAGUGGUUCUGCCUGAGGGCAAUGAUCAUGAAAUAAUAUGCUUGAGUCCCAAAUCGUUUGGAAAGAUGAAAAGACUCAAAUUUUUUAUAUGCCGUGGUGCACACUUUUCUGGAAGAUCACUUAAUUAUCUUUCUAAUGAAUUGAGAGUGCUUGAUUGGUCAAACUGUCCUUUGCAAUCUUUGCCAUCCAAUUUCCAUGGAGAGAAGCUCAUUGAUUUUCAACUGUAUGGAGGCUGCAUCAAGGACAUUAGUGGCCAGUUUAAGAACUUGACGACAAUGAAAUUUUAUGAGUGCAAGUUCUUAACCAAAAUCUCUAAUCUUUCAAGUUGCUCAAAUUUACAGCAAUUGGAUAUUAGGGAUUGUGAAAAUUUAGUCGAAGUUCAUGAUUCUGUUGGAUUCCUUGAUAAGCUUGUUCAUUUGUGUCUUUAUCAAUGCUCCAACCUGAAGAGUUUUCCAAGGCGUCUCAAGUUGAGAUCUCUAGAAGUCCUUACACUUCAUAAUUGCUCAAAACUUCAAAACUUUCCAGAAAUCAAGUGUAAAAUGGAAUAUUUAUGUUUCAUCUCAAUAUGGGGCACUACAAUAAAAGAAUUGCCUUCAUCCAUUGGGUACCUCACUCCUGCGCUUAAAGAGUUACUUCUGGACCAAUGCACAAAAUUUAUGUGUCUUCCUAGUAGCAUUCAUCAGUUGCAAAAUCUAAAGGUGCUUUGUCGCAGUGAUUGUAUUAAAGGAUGCUUCACUGGGAUUGAACAUUUAUCUAUAGAAGGUUGCAAGGACUUGAUGCGUCUCCCAAUCAGCAAUUCUCACUCGCAACAUCGAAAGAGUCUUUCUUUCCAUAAUUAUACAAAUCUUUUAAAAGAAGAAAUAAAAUUAUCAUUUGGGGACGUCACUAGGUUUAAACAUUGCCACAUAACAAUAUUCAGACCAAUUAAGAGGCCUGAACCAGAAUCAAGUGCUGAAUUACUACCACAACUCCGGUCGUCGCUUUAUUGGUAUCUUGAGGAGUUCUCAUUUUAUUGCUCAUCCACUUUGCAAGAGUUAGAUCUAUCUGGAAUUGUUAUUGUCAGCAUUCCUUGGUGCAUCAAAAUCUUUGUUGAAUUGAGGAUUCUCAAACUAUGGCAUUGUGAGAAACUUCAAGAAAUUAUGCAUCUUCCACCAAAUAUACAAGAGCUAUAUGCUAGUGAGUGUUUAUCCUUGGAAAGAUUCCCCGAAGUGUUUGUGUUUAAGGAUUGCCUUGUCCUUGUGAAAAUAUGCGAUACAUGUUUGACAGGAACAUAUUCAGGACCAUUCCUGUGGAAUUAUAUUUCCAGGGAAUAA